UGAUCUGUGGAGUAGCAGGAUGUCUGGCAGAGGCAAAGGCGGAAAGGGGCUCGGCAAGGGGGGCGCUAAGCGCCACCGCAAGGUGCUGCGCGACAACAUCCAGGGCAUCACCAAGCCGGCUAUCCGCCGCCUGGCUCGGCGCGGCGGUGUCAAGCGCAUCUCGGGGCUCAUCUACGAGGAGACGCGCGGCGUGCUCAAGGUCUUCCUGGAGAACGUGAUUCGUGACGCCGUCACCUACACCGAGCACGCCAAGAGGAAGACGGUCACUGCCAUGGACGUGGUGUACGCCCUCAAACGCCAAGGUCGCACCCUCUACGGCUUCGGUGGUUAAACUCGAUUCCUGCGUUACAUUUAUCGGACACAAAGGCUCUUUUCAGAGCCACCCACACUUUCAAAAAAAAAAGAGCCUUAAUCACUGUUCUCGCCUAUGUUUUAUUUUCACGUUUAAGACAAACUAGGAGGGGGAUGUCGGUGUUUGGCUUUUGCUGUCGCCACUCGUAGCUCACGUUCUCCACGGUCCUUAUUCCAGCCUCAAGCAACAAGUGAAAUCGGUAACAGGUAGUAUUUCGAUUGCACUCUCCGGGUAAAAGACCGCGAGAUCGGGUGUAAAGCUUGCCUCUGUGAGCUACCGGGGCUCUUGAGAAAAACAUUCCCGUUCCGAAAGAUUCCUACGUACUCCUCCCUCACGGGUUAUUCCCCGUCUCGGUCCUCCUAGACAACGGGAGCCAAGUCCUAUUGCGACAGCCGCUCCUCAGCCACAGGGCUUCACACUAGCGCCCUCAAAAGGGAAGCCAUGAAAUGGUGGAGCUUUUCUCUCUGGUAGUCGGGGCGCGGGAGGAGGGUAGGUAUGUAGGACACGGCAAGAAAACGCAAGACGGAAAAAGAAACAGCCAAGUGCAACCGUAACGCCCCAGGCAGUGAAGAGGAAUGGGGCAGCGAGUUCGGUGCGCAAAAUCUUUCCCCCUUCUUCAGUCCUCCACCUGAGAGACCGCCCCUUCUCCGGACACCGCUCUACACCCCGCCCCCCCUCACCAUCCACCCCAGCAGCUUUUAAGCUGAGGCUCUCAGUACUGUCAACACGCACACAGUGGAGAGCCGAGGGGCCGCAGCUCCCACGCUACCUGCUGCCCAAACUCCCUCCACUUAUCCUAGAACCUGCACUGCUACCUACACAGAAAGCAGCGCUCUACCCGGCACAGGCUGCCCGCGGCCGCUCCAAAGCCAGAGACACAGCUCUCUCCAGUGGUCGCGUGGUGGCUCUUAAAAGAGCCUUUGGGUUGGGUGGUGGCAGCGCAGGAGCC